UCUUGACACUUGAACUUUGUUGCCUCUUCACAUUUUAAGUGGGCCUCAGUCCCAUACUACAAUCUCUGGUGUAUUCAGCCAUGGGUUUUCUAGGCGCAUUGCUAAAAGCACUUAUUUUUGGGGCGCUUUUCCUGGGAGCUGUAUUGCUACUCCCUGGACUGCCUCCUAACACCACUUUUCCAUUUAAGGAAUAUGAUAUCAAGCCACCCAGGGAACUUAAGGGAGUGCUGAAGCCGAACUUUCACCUGAAUGGUGCCCGGCAGUUGUGGAAGGAUCGGAUCUUUGGACCAGAGUGCCUUCUAGCUGUCGAGGACAAGAUAUUCACGGGCAUUCACAGUGGAGAGGUCCUUCAACUCAACAGUGAAAAGAAUAUACAGCCUUUCACAAAAAUAGGUCAACCCUGUGAUUAUAUUUUUGACGAUGAGCUGUGUGGCUAUCCUGUGGGCUUGGCCUUGGACACCCAGGGCAACAAUCUAAUUGUAGCCGAUUCAUAUUAUGGAAUAUGGCAAGUUAACCUGAUUACGAAGGAGAAGACCAGGUUGGUGUCCGCUGAGCAGAUCCUGCCUGGCAAGAGUGUGAACCGCAGGGCUAGGCUGUUUAAUUCGUUGGCAGUCAGCAGGAAGGGUGAUAUUUACUGGACCGAUUCUUUGUCGGAUGACUUUGUACUGGCUCCUUUCGCUAAUCCUUCGGGUCGACUCUUCAGAUACGAUCGGGAAAAGCAGACAAACGAGGUACUCCUCGAUGAGUUGGCCUUUGCCAACGGCUUGGCUUUAAGUCCCAGUGAGGACUUUAUAAUCCUAGCCGAAACGACGGCCAUGCGUCUGACCAAGUACCACCUCAAAGGACCUCGGGCGGGUCAGAGUGAAGUCUUUGUGGAUGGCUUGCCUGGAUGGCCGGAUAAUCUCACCGCCGAUAAUGAGGGAAUUUGGAUUCCUUUGGGCGUGGCUUCAGAUAGUGAGAAUCCCAACUUGUUCGCCACUUUGGCUCCCUAUCCAAGGAUACGAUCCUUCCUCGCUCGCCUGGUCGGUCUACUGCAGCUUCCCUUCCGAGUUUCUAACCAAAUAUAUCCGAACAAUAUUGGGGCUCGACUGUUCCACUCUUUUAAUGAGAUGGCCUCCAGCAAUGCUCCGAAUCGCAGCACUGUGGUUCGUGUGGAUUGGAACGGAAAUAUUGUGAGAUCCCUUCAUGGAUUUGAUAGAUCAGCUUCGGGGUUAUCUCAUGUUCUGGAAAUUAAAGGACACUUAUACUUGGGAUCCCCUUUUAAUCAGCAUAUUGCUAAAGUUAAACUACCCAAAGAUGUGGUGAAGUCUGUUAAAGGAGCUGAAGCUAGGGAAGACCAACUAAUAUAGAUUUUUAGGGGUGAAUGUGAUGUGAAAUUGAAUAUCUGUUAAAUAAAAAUAUACUUUUAAAGUAGA